GCCACAAUUCGGGAGUGCCAAGCAUCGUUACUUCACACCUGUGGUUAAAUAUGAUGCUGUGCAGUGUACGACGAACCGGCUACCGACGUGCAGCAGAGCAAUACAGCCACCGAUCGUGACCAGCUGGCAGUAGCAAAAAUUCCAAAACCCCGCGAAAAUGAUUUGCUGGCCGUGCAUUUCUGUUCCGUAGUGUGCUCCCGCGCGUCUGCAAAAUUGGUGUCCCCCCAAGAUCGCGUUCUCAACCUUUCAACGCAUAGAGGGCAUAGGGCCUGCCAGUGCUGCUAACCGCUUCUAAUGUGAUAGAUAGGGCAUUCCACGUUGUUUUAUUUUUAUUCGCUUUGUUUAACCUUACUACUCACUAUUCUACCCCAUGCGUGCUCCCCUUUCGCCCUAUGCAAGAUCGUUGAUUUUGAUAACACUGGUUUCUGAACGUCGUUCUCGUCUAGCGGGAAAUUUUGGCUGGUCGCUCCAGUUAGCCUGUUGAGUCGGAACAGCGGUGGAGGGUGCUGCUACCAACAAUCCAAAUCGUCUGUUUUUCGUUACCAUGAUGAACGGCUCGCCGGCACCGACCUGCCUAGCCCAUUUUAUUCUGGCUGGCGUGACCGGUUGGUCUCUCAAGCAUCUACCCGAGCACCGUUCCGAUGGGAUCCCGUUUGUGUUCAGCCUGCUGGUAUUCCUCCUAGCAUACGCGUUGCUCGGGCUCGUCCGCUUCAGUCAUCCGCAGCCGAGUCUGGCGAUGCGCAAACUCUACGAGCGGUUCGCCCUGCUCGCACGCGUCUGUCCACUCCCGUUCCUCAACGCACAGCUGUUCAUCGAGCAUCACCGGCCGGAUCGGUUCUGUCCGGAUUCCCUGGUCCCAAUCUGCCACAAAAGCAACCUCGGGUAUGCCUUUCUGCUGUCGGCACUGGUAGCCUUCGUGGCCGGAUGUAUCUACAGUGACCUCAGCCAGCGGCACCUGGCUGACCGUGUCGCGACCGUUGUGCUGCUGCUGAACCUCUCCGCUCUUGGGCUCGUUUCGUGCGACACCGAGAAUUACUGGGGCAUUGGGCUGGCCGUGUCGUUCGGCACGAAACAUUUCGCGCUGCCCUGGCUGGCGGACCGGUUCUGCAUACCGUUCGUGGACCUCUACACGUACGGGCUGAUAUUUUACGAAAUCUUCACCAUCAACGUUGUGAUCGAGGCCCAGUUUGCCGCCGCUGAGACUGUUGUAAGAUAAGAACGAACGAAGAGCGUGACAUGGCAGGCGCACAAGUGAAGGCAAGAGUAUAGGGAGGAUAUUCUUACAUCACACUAAACAGACAUACUAAUAUUUACACGUUUAUAGUUACAUUAGGACAUUUGGUAUAAUUUUAAAUCCAGCUAGAGUCGCACAACGAACUACGCACCGGAUAUUUGCUAAGGUAGUGUUUAUUAUUAUAUACAUUAGAAGUGAGGCAAAGAGUACCGAUAAGUCUGGGUUAUUUUAUAUGAACUAUUUUUGGACGGUUAGUACCGAAAGUGACCUACGCCUGCGUUCGUACGUACCACAGAUUCAGGUUGCGUGUUUCCAUGGUAUUGAGCACAUUCAAAGUCAAGACUGGAUAUAGCAGAGUAUGACAACAACCGUUAGAUCUACAAAACGGUGUUUUCACCGCGUUGGAGUUUACCGAUAACGCCGAUGAGAGGUUUCCCUUCAACAUGAAGCUCUACUUUUAGCCUUUUAUACAACGUUAGUAGGAAAACUUCGUCCGAAGAAAGGUAGAACCGUGACAGUGCUAACAGGGUUUAAUGGGGGAUGUGUUUUAAAUAUUUUGUUAACUGCAAAUAACUAGAGCUAGGAAAAAGAAGGCUGUUCGAGGUGUUGAAUAAUGAACGUUCCAUGAGUGGCAAGGUUUCAAGAUGCUUCCAAACCAGUGCAAAUAGUUUCACGUUAUAACGUACUACGAGUCACACGGCAGGAGAAACAUCUGCUAUUAUUAGGCACUGUGCUAUUUCUUGAUUUUGUGUUCACCAGACCGUAUGUACGUUUUGUUGUUGUUAGUUUUCUGCAGUUUGCUUUAUUUCACAAGUCAAGCGCUAAACGGUACAAAUAUGUGUGCAAUAUACCUUUGAUGUUUUCCCCCUAGAGCGACUUUUGUUGGUCUUCAUCUCUCUCUCUCUCUCUGUCCAGGCUGCGGCAAAGCGAAACAAAAAGUAGGUUAGUCGAUAAACAGAAAUUAAUGUAAUGUUUGACACGUUUAGGUGGAUAGUAUUACAGCAAUCUGCAGAAGCGAGAAGAAACAGUGUGAUGGUAAAACAAAAGUUAACGUUACUUACCAUGUGGGCCGAAAGCAAUAAGGCAAUCUAUGUUAGUAACACUCACAGCCACAACCAGCGAGAUGAGGGAUUCUUUUUGUUUUUAAAUCCACGAAUCGGGUCGACUAUACUGUAUCGAUGAAAAGACAUCACAUGGUAAAAUUUAAGUGGCGAUCGUUGAGAGGAUAUUGUUAAACAGCGGUUGAACAUAUUCCCCGUUUAUUGCGAGAUGGCGCUAAAUGUAUACAAUUCAAUUCCGCUGUUGAUAGAUGUAAGGAAUAUAUUUUAUAUGAAUGUUUUAUAGGAAACCUAAUACAUUAACAAACA